AUGAGCUUUUUCUUUGUGCGUCAACCUCCAAUAACACAAAUACCUGAAGUAUUAUUUUCUGGUACUAAAGAAUUACCGGCUAUCGUUGUAUCUCCUGCUACUAGUAGAGAUUCUACCUCACUUAUAAAAUCAAAAUCUAAAUUUCUUAAUUUUCGUAAAUAA